ACCAACCUUUCACUCCUUGUCAGUCCUUACUCCAGCUAUCUCCCUUCUACUAUUCCUCUUAGGAGUUUUAAAUUUUCAGAUUUCAUAUAAAAUGUCAUACUGUGAUAUCAUCCAUCUUUUCCUGCCUUAAUUCACAAAGCAUGAUAUUUUCCAAAAUUGCCUAAGCUGUAGCAAAUGGCAAAAGUUCCUUUUCUUCUAAGGUGCACAAUAUUCAUUAUUAAGUGGGUGAUUGUGUGUGCAUUUGUAUGUGUGCAUUUAAAAACAGGUCAAGGUCAUAUAUUUAUAUUUCGACAAAGAUAUAAAGGUUAAUAAGCACAGAAGCUGAUACUCAAUGUCACUCAUCAUUACAGAAAUGCAAACCAGACCCAUGAUGUCAACACAUCCUGUUGUGCGUCUGAAAUGUAUGCAAUAAAACAAUGAUUUAGUUGUAUGAGGAAAUAAGCCAGUCUCACAACAGUGUGUUUUCUCUCAUGAAAGGAAACUAGGGGGCAGAAGGACAUGAACGUAGAAAGGGGACUAUUAGAGGGGUCAGGAGGAGAGGGUGGGGUUUAAGAGAAGGCAAUAGAAGAGGCGAAGAUGAUCAAGUUACAUUAUAUGCACAUUUGAAAAUAGCACAGUAACCCCAUUAUUUGGUGUGGCUGAUAUGCACUAGUGAUAAUCUUAAAACCCAUAACAAGGUACCACUUCACACCCAUAUAAGGGUUACUGUCUUUGAAAAUGGGAAAUGGAAGACAAUGUAGAGGACUCUUGCCCAUUGCUGCUGAAAAUGUAAAAUGGUGGCUCCUGAAAGAAACAAAAAUAGGACAAGCAUAUGAUCCAGCAACUCCACUUUAAGCAUAUACCCCAAAGGACUGACUUGAGUCAUGUCCCAAGCCCUGAAAACAGGUUCUUGAGCCAGGAGCCUUUUAUGCCUGCAUAGUCAUAGCAACUGCAUUCACAAGAGAUAACACGGAUGCAACCCGAGUGUCCAUCAACAGACACCAUGGGCAUCUGUUACACACAAGGGGAACGUCGCUCAGCACAUGCUAUGCUCCCGGUGACCUGAAGACGUUACUGUAAGUGAAACAAGCCAGUCACACCAGGACAGAUGUGCACACUUCAUUUACAUGAGGAAGCUGGAGUGGCAAACUCACAGAAAAGGACAAUAGAAAGAGUGAGUUCAGGGGCAGAGGAAAAUACGAAGACAGUUUGUAAUGGGUGCAGAGUUCCACUCAAUGGAGAUGAAAGAAGUUGAAGGGCUGGGGGUGUGGCUCAAGGGGUAGAGCGCCUGCCUAACUGAGUUGAAGGCCCAGUAAUGCCAAGAAAGAAAAAAAAUAGUGGUAAUGGCUGCAGAGCAGUGUGAAUGUACCUCCUGUCACUCACCUGCACAGGAGCAAUGGUUAAAAAGGUAAAUCGUGUGUACAGUUUACCAAGACCUCAGCAAAGUGAAGCCCAACAUUUGACUAUCUAAUCCACAGAGAAGAAAACUCUGAGUAAUAAUCACACGGAAACAUUUCUAACUCAUUUGCUGAUAUGAAAUGACAGAUUAAAAUCCGAUGAGACACCAGUAUCUACCAAUGAGAAUGCUGAAAAAUAGAAGUCAGUCUUCAAAAAUCCACGCCAAAUGCUAAUGAGGCUGUGGAAAAUCACGUGAGCCGAUGAGAACUAUAAUUUUACCUGUAGGUGCACUCAAGCUGUGCGAAAGCAUGAUAGCUUUUGAGACACGUUUUGCUGUGAGAUGUGGAUCUGCUGUGUGACAAGAAGUCUCCUAAUCUGUGUGGAGAGGACAAAAGAAUUCCUUCUGUCCACUCCACACCAAUGACAGAAUUAAUGGGACAGUGGCUUUUUCUGAAGUCGUUAAGAACACAAGUUCUCCUUUUGUAACACAGGAGGACUCUGCCUGGUUCUUCUGGAGAUGUCCCUGACCCUUCAGGAUUCCGUGCACAACAUGCCAGAGAAAAAUUCUACCCUCCUUUUUGACAACACUGGGGUUUGAACUCAGGGCCUCAUGCUUCUUGACCACUCUGCCAGCCCUUUUUUGUGUUGGGUAUCUUUGAGAUAGGGCUUCCCUAAUUACCCUACCCUGGGGUGGGUCUCAAAUCACGAUCCUCCUGGUCUCUCCUUCCCAAGCAGCUAGGAUUUCAGGUGUGAGCCACCAGUACCCAGUUUCCAUUCUCAUGUUGUACAAAUAUUCUACCAGAGCCUGCAGCUUUGAAUCUCACCACAUGUGUAUAUGGUAAGAGGAUUUAAGACUCCUGCAUGGAACAGCUCAGGGUGGGAACCAGGACAGAGGUGUCUCUUCUUACUCCAGCCCCAUCAAUGCACAGAGCUCACUGUGUGCUUGCUGAAUGAAUGGAUGAAUGAAUGAGUGAGUGAAUGCUGGCUUCCACUCAGACACAUGCAUUCUGUUGUAUCCUAUAUUCUGUAGGACUGACCUCCCACAGGGUAAAGUUGACACUGCAACACUCUGGAACCAGGUUGGAGAUGACACUCUUCUUAUGUAAACUACGGUGCACAUAAAAGGUUCUCAGAAUUCAGGGUUGGUGAAUCAUGCCUGUAAUCCCAACACUUGGGAGGCUGAGGUAGGAGGAUCCUGAGUUCCAGAGAAACCUGGACCCAUGACCAAACCCUGUCUCAGUCAAACUAGUGCUGGGGAUGUGGCUCAGUUAACAAGUGGUUGCCUAACUUGAUUAAGGUCUUUUUGUGGUUCUAUCACCAGCACCCCCAAAAAAAAUCCCCUCAGAAUGGGAAGUCCUCAGACUCUCACCAGUGUCCAGGUUCUGGCUGGGAUGCUGCAGGGAGCCCCUGAGAUGGGGCCAGGACGCAGUCUCUGCAUCUUACUUGCUCCUCCCUGGCAGUGUCUGUGUUCUCUUCACUCUUUGGUCUUGGAGCUUCCAUCCACUCUACAGAGAGGACAACUCCCACUGUCUGUGGGCGUGAGGUUCCUCUUCUGUGAACCUCCCAGGUCUCAGGCUCCUCCCCAGCUUCCUUGGGUCCCACGGUGCUUCUCUGCCUGUGCCCACUCUUCUCUGCUUACAUCAGGAGCCCAGGACCCUCUGCCUCCAGCCACGAUGCUGCUGCCCCUGCUGCUGGCUCUGCUGUGGGCAGGUGAUUUGUCACCAGAAGCCGAUACUGCUUUUACCAAACCGUGUGAGGAUAAGGGUUGGAAAUGCACAGUGCAAGUGAACAAGUCCAUCACAGUGCAGGAGGAGCUAUGUGUCCUCUUGCCCUGCAGAAUCCUCUAUUCCUAUGACGAUUCUUACUUGUUUACUCAUUCCUACGGUUACUGGUUCCGGGCAAGGACUGACACACGUCACAACCUUCCAGUGGCCACAAACAACCCAGAAAGACAAGUACAGGAGGCCCAGGGCCGGUUCCACCUCCUCAGAGACGUCAAAGAUGACUGUUCCCUGAACAUCAGAGAUGCACAGAGGGGUGACAGUGGCUCAUUCUUCUUCUGGUUGGAAGCACGGACAUACAAAUUGAGGUGCUGUAGUAACCAGGUUUCUCUGCAUGUGACAGCCCUGAAUCACACCCCCCAUAUCUUCAUCUUGGAGACCCUGGAGCCUGGCCAAGUUAGCUAUGCCACCUGCUCUGUGACUUGGGCUUGCGAACAGGGAUGCCCCCCCAUCUUCUCCUGGAUAUCAGCUGCCCUCACCUCCCUGGGCCCCAGGACCACCCUCUCCUCAGUGUUCACCCUCACUCCUCAGCCCCAGGACCAUGGCAUCAACCUCACCUGCCAGGUGACCUUCCCUGGAGCUGGGGUGACUGUGGAGAGAACUGUUCAGCUCAACCUUUCGAGUGAGUGUCCUCAUUUCCUGAGGGUGUGAGGAUACAGGAAGGCCAGCCCUUGAGAUGUGUGGUUGCUGUGUCCUGGAGGCCUGUCUUAGUAGGGUACCUGGAAGGACAAGGUCCUGUCUCUCCUAGUAUUUUGGUUCCAGGGCUGGUGCGGGGAGAGCUGCCCUAUCUCACCUUCAUGCAAGGGAAGAGAAAAAACGCCCUCUCCUGCUGUACCACAAUGCCUCAAAUACCCCACAUCACUGUCCUGAGGUGCUGGCCAGGCAGGGAGCAGCCUCCCUCCUUGUUGCAGUUCCUGGGAAUGGUCUCUGCAGGUCUGGUCAGACCUGAGUGUUCAGAUUCCAGUGUAGAGAGGCCACCAUUAUUCCCAGCAGCCCACAGCCUCCUCCCCAUGCCCUCUGCUAAAAGAGAUGUCAGGUGAGGAUCUUUGGGGCUCAGCAGCUUCACCCUGCCCUCCUUAAAGGGGUUGGUUUUUCCUUCCAGUCACAGAACAUAGUGCAGACAUUUCAAAACAACUGUUGGUGAUUAGGGCAGUUUAAGGUUCACAGCAAAACUGAGUGGCAAACAGUGGAUCCCCUGUGCCUGUGGCCCCCAUACCUGAACAGCCCCGUGCUGUCCAUGCCUUGUACCAAAGCUGGCCAUGAUUACAAUCCACGCCCCUUCAUACACAUCACCGUCACCUGGAGUUCCAGGUCCCAUCAGGUUCAU